AUGGCGCACUCGAAGCGCAACACCUCCCUCCCACACUUCACCUCAUACGAGCGCGGCCUACUGCGCUCGAGCUGGGGCACAAAGCGCAGCGUAAUCGGACGCGACUCGUUCCUCCCAUUCGCAUCCUGUCGCCUCUGUCUCCAGCCCGCACGCCCGCCCGUCGUCGCCUGUGCCAGCAGCGGCGAUCUAUUCUGCCGCGAAUGCGCCAUCAGCGACCUGCUGGCCCAACGGCAGGAGAUCAAGCGCCUGGAGCGCGAACGCGAGGACGCCAAGAAGCGAUUAGCCGAGGACGAGGAGCGCACCCUCGAAGAAGCACGGCAGAAGGACUUGCAGGACUUUGAGCUCGUGUCGAUGGGGCUCGAGGCGAAUCAGAAUUCCGGCCGGAAGCGCAAGGUCGAGGAGUCGGAGGCGCUGGCGUCGUUUAAGGCGCGGGAGGUUGAAGUUGAUGGGGAAAAGAAGAAGGUCUUUGAGCUUGAUGAGAAGGAGAUGGCUCGUGUGGCGCGCGAGGAGCAGGAGCGGUUGAAGCGCGAGUUGAAGCGGAAAAAGUCCGAAUCCAGCAAAUCCGCCCUGCCAUCCUUCUGGGUGCCGUCCUUAACCCCCGGCACAGACCCCAAUGAAAUUGCCGCCAACAAGGCUGUCAAACUCACACCGAUUUGUCCCGCCUCGACAGACACAAACCGCCACAGCUACUCGCUCAAAUCGCUGGUCGAUGUCCAUUUCACCGAAGAGACAGCGUCCGAUGGUUCGGUGUCGAGGGUUUGUCCGAGCUGCAAGAAGAAUCUCAGCAACGGGCUCAAAGCGAUGCUCACCAAGCCCUGCGGCCACAUCAUCUGCUCUCCUUGUGUCACCAAAUUCAUGACCCCCCACGAAGUGCCGGACCCGCAUGCCUCGAAGGAAGAACAAGCGCAUUCAGCGGCUUUGCAUGGCCGAAUCCUAUGCUACGUCUGCGAAACAGAUCUCACGCCCCUUCCUCCAGGCUCGGAGAAGAGCGGCGACGCCAACGGAACAUCCAAGAGGUCCAAGAAGAAGGACAAGGACAAGGACGCGAUUCGGCCGGGACUAGUGGAGAUCAGUUCCGAAGGAACGGGGUUUGCAGGGCGAGGAGGAAACGUGGGGACAAAGACGGGGGUUGCGUUUCAAUGCUGA